UCCAGCGGCUGGACCAUAUACAUCGUGAUACAUCGUCGGAUCAGUGCUCGUAUUAGCUCGUAUUGGUUGAGCUGGGUGGGGUGUAUUGUGUGGCUGUUAUAUUGCGCUAGAACCGUAUUUAUGGUAUUUAAGAAAGAAAAAAAAUGAACAUGGUCAGCAGAAAUUAUCUCAGAAUCUUUCAGAAUAACAUAGCACAACAAAAUCACUUUUCAAUUCUUAGUAGAGUGUUUGCUUAUAAGAGCGCUUUUUCGUUAGAGAAGCUCUAUCCUACAAGUAACCUAAAACUUUACACACCAACUUACGUUCCUGAAGAUGAAACUGUAAAAUUUAAUGGUUUCAUACCAAUUAAUGAGCUACAAAUAACUUACAGUCGUAGCAGUGGUGCUGGAGGUCAACAUGUCAAUCGUACAAACAGUAAAGUGGACCUUAGAUUUCAAGUAGAAAGCGCUAAAUGGUUAUCGGAGGAAGUUAAGCAAAAGUUAAUGGAACAGUACAAGAACAAAUUGAAUAAGGAUGGUUACUUCAUAAUUAAGUCAGAAUUAACAAGGUCUCAGCAACUAAAUCUAGCUGACGCUCUACAGAAGUUAAGGACAGCAAUCAGGGAUGCCAUAAAGCCUACUGCAGAGGUAUCUGAGGAGACUGCAGAAUUGAAGAGAAAGCAACUGCUAAGAAGUGCGAGGAAAAGACUGCAUGAUAAACGAAUGCAUUCUGACAUAAAGAGUAGUAGAAAUCCUAGUACAAUAGAUUUCUAAAUUCUGGGCUAAAAAUUUCC